CAGGGGCGUGUUUACCACAAGGCACUUGCUUAGGGCAACAUUUUUCAGGAAGGCAGCACCUUCCCCCAGAAGAAGGGAUGAAAGAAGGGACAUGUGCUCCAUAGGAACCAGGUGGGAUCCGAGAGAGGCUGCGGACUGCUUGAUGGUGUAUGUAGAGCCUGACUCUCCUUCCCGCGGAUGUCCGGAGAGGAAGAUGAGUGUCUUUUCUCUCUAUCGCUGGGUGGGGGGGGGGGGUGGGCAGCAUGGGGGUUGUUGUUGGUCAAUGUCAGGCUUUCUCCACAGGAGG